UGUUAUUCCAGUGGACUUCAGUCUGACGCCGGACACACUGAGAGGAACGACAGCGGCUUUGGAAAAGGGAAUAUUCAGCAUCGAGGAGGGAAUCUGUCACCGCUAACCGGGACAGUCUGUCGCUCCUCUGUCCUCAAAGGAAGCUGCUCUUACCGGAUUUACACAAUAGCUGUGGAGUAAUUGUGGGGUGCAAUGGAUGAUGGGAAGCCUGUGUGGGCGCCCCACCCAACCGACGGGUUCCAACUGGGCAUGAUAGUGGACAUCGGUGCGGAUGCGCUGACCAUUGAGCCUCUUCAUCAGAGAGGAAAGACGUUCCUGGCUCCCAUCAGUCAAGUGUUUCCCGCUGAGGAUGAUGUCAACAAACAUGUUGAAGACAACUGUUCUCUGAUGUAUUUGAAUGAGGCCACCCUCCUGAACAACAUCAGCAUCCGUUACAGCAAAGACAUGAUCUAUACGUUUGUUGCUAACAUCCUCAUAGCUGUGAACCCGUAUUUCGACAUCCCUAAACUCUACUCUCCAGAGUCUAUUAAGAGCUAUCAGGGACGCUCUUUGGGGACUCUUCCUCCUCAUGUCUAUGCUAUUGCGGAUAAAGCCUAUAGAGACAUGAGGGUUCUGAAAAUGAGCCAGUCCAUCAUUGUGUCUGGUGAAUCGGGUGCUGGGAAAACAGAAAACACAAAGUUUGUUCUCAGGUAUUUAACCACAUCUUAUGGCACAGGACAAGAUAUAGAUGAGAGGAUUGUUGAAGCCAACCCCUUGCUUGAAGCUUUUGGAAAUGCAAAGACGGUCAGGAACAACAACAGCAGCCGCUUUGGAAAGUUUGUGGAAAUUCAUUUUAAUGAGAAGAAUGCAGUUGUGGGCGGUUUUGUCUCUCACUAUCUGCUGGAGAAGUCUCGGAUUUGCAUGCAGAGUCAAGAAGAGCGAAACUAUCAUAUAUUUUAUAGACUGUGUGCAGGAGCAUCAGAGGACAUCAGGAACAUGCUUCAUCUCAACUCCCCCGACAGCUUCCGGUAUUUGAAUCGCGGCUGCACCCGAUACUUUGCAAACAAGGACUCAGAUAAACAGAUCAUGCAAAACAGGAAAAGUCCUGAGCAUGGCAAAGUAGGUGCUCUGAAGGACCCUUUGCUAGAUGACCUGGGAGACUUCAACAGGAUGGUGGUGGCCAUGAAGAAGAUCGGCCUGGAUGAUACAGAGAAGCUCAAUCUCUUCAGAGUGGUGGCUGGUGUUCUUCAUCUUGGCAAUAUCGACUUUGAAGAGACAGGAAGCACCUCUGGUGGCUGCAUUUUGAAGAACCAGUCGAGUCAGACUCUGGAGUACUGCGCCGAUCUGCUGGGCCUCGACCAGGACGACCUGAGAGUCAGCCUCACCACCAGGGUCAUGCUCACCACUGCAGGGGGCGCUAAAGGCACAGUCAUCAAGGUGCCUCUGAAGGUGGAACAGGCCAACAAUGCCCGCGAUGCCCUCGCCAAAGCCGUUUACAGCCGGCUCUUUGAUCAUGUGGUCAAACGGGUCAACCAGUGCUUCCCCUUUGAUACGUCCUCCAACUUCAUCGGCGUGCUGGACAUCGCUGGCUUUGAGUAUUUCGAGCACAACAGCUUCGAGCAGUUCUGCAUCAACUAUUGUAAUGAAAAGCUGCAGCAGUUUUUUAAUGAACGCAUACUGAAAGAGGAGCAAGAGCUGUAUCAGAGAGAAGGCCUGGGAGUGAAUGAAGUUCAUUAUGUUGAUAAUCAGGACUGCAUAGAUCUGGUCGAGGCAAAGCUAGUGGGUGUCUUGGAUAUUUUGGAUGAGGAGAAUCGUCUUCCCCAGCCCAGCGAUCAGCACUUUGCGGAGGCAGUUCACAGCAAGCACAAAGAUCACUUCCGUCUCACAGUGCCCAGGAAGUCGAAGCUUACAAUCCACAGGAAUUUGAGAGAUGAUGAAGGUUUCAUCAUAAGACAUUUUGCUGGCGCUGUGUGCUAUGAGACUACCCAGUUUGUGGAGAAGAAUAAUGACGCCCUCCACAUGUCUUUGGAGAGCCUUGUGUGUGAGUCGAAGGACAAGUUUGUCCGGGAUCUUUUUGAGAACAACUCCAAUUCCAAGGACUCAAAGCAGAAGGCUGGCAAACUCAGCUUUAUCAGUGUGGGAAACAAAUUCAAGACACAACUAAACCUUCUACUGGAAAAGCUCCGCAGUACAGGCUCAAGUUUCAUUCGUUGUGUGAAGCCUAAUCUGAAGAUGGUGAGCCACCAGUUUGAAGGAGCUCAGAUUCUGUCUCAGCUGCAGUGCUCAGGCAUGGUAUCAGUGCUGGACCUGAUGCAGGGGGGCUUUCCUUCCCGAGCGCCAUUUCAUGAGCUUUACAACAUGUACAAGCAGUACAUGCCCAACAAACUCACAAGGCUCGAUCCUCGACUCUUCUGCAAAGCUCUGUUUAAAGCACUGGGCCUCAAUGAGAACGAUUACAAGUUUGGAUUGACCAGAGUUUUCUUCCGCCCUGGGAAGUUCGCAGAGUUCGACCAGAUCAUGAAGUCUGAUCCGGACCACCUGGCCGAGCUUGUAAAACGGGUCAAUAAGUGGCUGGUGUGCAGCCGCUGGAAGAAGGUCCAGUGGUGCACACUGUCAGUUAUUAAACUGAGGAACAAAAUGAACUACAGGGCAAGUGCCUGCAUUAGGAUUCAGAAGACGGUUCGCAUGUGGCUGUGCAGAAGAAGACACAAGCCUCGUGUUGAUGGCCUGGUGAAGGUGAAAAAUUUGAGGAAGAGGAUGGAGAAGUUCAACGAGGCUGUGAAUGGACUCAAGGAGGGUAAAGCGGAAAUGAGCAAGCAGAUCGAGGAACUGGCCGCCUCCACCGACGCUCUCAUGGCCAAGAUAAAGUCUACUGUGAUGAGCCGCAAGGAGAUCGAGCAGGAGUAUGAGGGCCUGGUGAAACGCUCCGAGCAGCUGCUCUCCUCAAUGCAGAAGAAGAAGCAGGAGCAGGAGGAGACGGAGAGACUCAAGCGCAUCCAGGAGGAGAUGGAGAAAGAGCGCAAGAGACACGAAGAGGAGGAGCAGUUACGCAAACAGGAGGAAGAUGACCGCCGCAUGAAGUCUGAGAUGGAGCAGAAGAGGAAGCAGGAGGAAGAGGAGAGGAAGAAAAGAGAAGAGGAAGAGCGAGUCCUGCAGGCCGAACUUGAGAUGCAGCUGGCAUUGGACCGGGAGGAAGAGACUCAGAGACAGACCAUUCUGGAGCAGGAGAGGAGGGACAGAGAGUUGGCCAUGAGGAUCGCUCAGAACGAGGCUGAACUUAUCCAGGAUGAAGCCCAGAUGGAUCCCAUCUUGCGCAGAGAUGCUACCACAGGUGUUUGGUUCUUCACGGAGAUGGGUGCGCAGGUGCAGGCCAACAAGGUGGCAGCUGGGGUGAAGAAGUACGACCUGAGCAAGUGGAAGUACGCUGAGCUGCGAGACGCCAUCAACACCUCCUGUGAUAUAGAAUUGUUGGCAGCUUGCCGAGAAGAAUUUCACCGUCGUCUGAAGGUCUACCAUGCCUGGAAAUCAAAGAACAAGAAGCGAAAUACAGACACAGAGAUGAGGGCUCCCAAAUCGGUCACCGACUACGCCCAGCAAAACCCUGCUCCUCCCGUCCCAGCCCGGCAACAAGAGAUUGCAAUGAACCGACAGCAGCGUUACUUCCGCAUUCCCUUCAUCCGGCCUGCAGACCAGUACAAAGACCCUCAGAACAAGAAGAAAGGCUGGUGGUAUGCUCACUUUGAUGGACCUUGGAUCGCCAGGCAGAUGGAGCUUCAUCCAGACAAGCAGCCGAUCCUCUUGGUUGCAGGUAAGGACGACAUGGAGAUGUGCGAGUUGAGUCUUGAGGAGACCGGCCUCACACGAAAACGUGGAGCCGAGAUCCUGCCCCGGCAGUUUGAGGAGAUCUGGGAGCGCUGCGGUGGAAUCCAAUACUUGAAGAACGCUAUUGAAAGCAAGCAGGCCCGUCCCACCUACGCCACCGCCAUGCUUCAGAAUCUCCUCAAGUGAACAUCACACAUUAUUUGUUCACUUUAUCUAUGCACAUUUAGAUUAAAGGUUGUGCUGCUAGAAAAAAGGGCAACUCUAGUGGAAGUCUAAUUGACUUUUUUUUGUUUGUAGUUUGUUCCUUAUUUUGCUGUGACCUUAGAAACCAGUUUUCAAACGAAUCUGAGCCUUCUUGCUCAGAGAUGCCUUACGAUUUUCAAAAUAAUUCACAUCUCGCUUGAUAGGGAUGUUAUUCAAAUGUCACCCCUCAUAUAAAGGACUUAUAAAGGACAUUUCGUUGUGUAGUGACAGACAUUUCUGAAAAUAUCUUUACUUGUCCCUUCUUUAUUGUUACAGUUGACGUGUCAUUUGUGGCAUGUUAAAGAGCCCCUAUUAUGCAUUUAAAAAGGUCAUAUUUUGGUUUUGGGGUCUCCAACAUCAGGCUGAUAUGCAUUCAAGGUCAAAAAACUAUUUCGUUGUCUUAUAAUAUGCAUUUAUUUUCACCUAAUAACCUCAAUGACUCCCAUAUGAUGUUUUUAGAGAUACAUUUGUUCCCAAACCCCUCCUUAUCACGAUGCUAAUCUGGGCUGAUUAGUCCUAGUCUGUUGCGAUUGCUCGACUGUAUUCAGUGAGAGACAGAAAGAAACGCCCACCACGGCUUAUCAACAUUGUUGAAGUAGUCAGAGUGCAGAGUAUACGUGUGCAGAAGUGCAUUAAAGCAGUGCAGUAAACACCAGCAUUUUGCUCUAUUCUUAACCAUAAGUAAUAACAACAAGUAUUAAUCCGCGCAGUGGCAAAAGCUGAACUAUUUUAAAACUUGACUGUCCACGUAUGUAGGAACAGCUGACGGUGGCCAUAGCAACAACAAAUCUCACAAAUGCAUUUAAAGCUGUAAAAAAAGCGGCAAGCGAUAUAUGAAUAUAAAGAGUUAACCAGAUACAGUACGAGUCGCGUGGAGCGAUUACAAGUAACUAAAUACAAUUAAAUACAUAUUUUGCAAGCUAGAGAAAACAUAGGGCAACCAUUUUAAUCACACUUACUUACACUUGUAAAAUGGAGGAAGAAACUGAUCCAUAAACUGUGUACAGAUAAAGUUCCUGUCAAAGUCCCAUACAUCAAGUCUUUUCUGAUCCUUCCUUUAACAAACGGCCUCCGAAUCCCCCAUUGCAAGGUAGAUUAUUGCAUUAAUCACCAGAACGUUCACUCAUUAAUGUUCACUCAUCUUCAGUCAUGAUCAUUCCCACACUCACCCGCACUCUGCUAGCGUUUGAAGUGAAAGGAGCGUUCACGUUUUACCAGAUCCAGAACUUCAUAUUUAGUUUGUGUCGAUAUGAGCAGACAAAAAAAUUUGACGAUUGACGAAUCAUUUAAACGACUUCGACGUCGUGGCAGUAGUCGAAUCAUUUAAACAACGUUUGAAUCGUUUAUUAAAAAAAAAAAAAGAAUUUUAAACAAGGUGUACUUUCAGAUUUAAACCUCAGCUGGAUGUUUUCAUUCACUUAGAGCUGUUUUAUACACUGCAUGGAAGGUAGUUUUCAAAAUCCAUUAUAGGGGCUCUUUAAAAUAUGCUAAAAAUUAUAAUAUUUUCCUAAAAAAAUACUAAAUAUUAAUUUAUUUGAGAAUCCUGAUCAGCCCUGACAUCAUCAGUUCAACCAAUGACGUAUUUGGGGGUGUGGCCAUUUGUUUUUAUUGUUUAACCAAUCGCAGCCCGGCCUUUUUUCGCAUUAUUGUUGGUGCAGCAAGACAUUUUACCUUUUAAAAUUAAAUUCUAUUAUAUUACCUAAUAUUACUAUAUAGUAAUAUGUUACUAUAUUACUUUAGUGUAAAGAAAUACUUAAUAUGUUAAAACACAGAAUAGCUAGUCAAAGUAUCCCUAAUUGAAUCAAAUAACAACGUUAAAGGCUAAUGAGGAAUAUGCACCGAAAUACAUUAGUUUUGAAUAUUUUCUCUCACCUCUGCAAAUGUGACCAGCAGAACAGUUUCCGAGAAAUGCACCAUCUGAAAAUGCCUUUACAUAUAUUUGAUAAUGACUUUUAUAGAUGCGUUUAAAAGCAGCUUCGGUUCAUAAAAAGGAGAGUCACUGCUGCCGUGCGUGGUUUCGCUCAGCAAUUUUGUACUUAAAUCAUGGUGAUACGCUAAAGGGCAUAUUCAUUUCUGUUCAGUGAAGUGAUAAUGGCACCUUUGUUAAUGAUUUGCUGUGAAUUCUGUCAGCGUGUGUGGUAGAUUUCUGUCAUUUGUACUUUUAUUUAUGUACCGAGUCAAGGAAAUAUUUCAUUUAAAACGAGCUCGUAUGCUGGAGUGUCUCGUUAUUCGCUUCUUAUCUCAUUUGGUCAUAAUAACUGCCUGAAGAACAGAAGUAAUGGAAACGGUGAUGACAUUCGAAGUGCUUUGAAACUUGGCACAGACCAAAAUUGCUGCGUUUGAUCAAUUUGCUGUCAUUAUCCAGACUUUGUUUAUUCAAAUGCUAAUGCUUUUCCAACUGAAACGGCGUCAUCUCAAACGAUCGGUUUAUUAAUAUUAUAAUUGGUAAUCACUUGUUUCCUGUCUGUCAGCUUAUUUUUGAUGUGUCUGGGUUUAAUAUGAUUGAUUGUCUCAUUUUUGACUGGCAACUGUUGCUCUGAUUACUUUACUAGACCAAAAUAAACACGUUCCAUAUGAAA